UAAAACAAUAAUUUGAAGAAGAAGAAGACGUGAUUUUUGUGCGUGAAAAACGGAAAAUUUGUGCAAUUUAACGUGAAAAGUGUCCUUUAAAUCUGAGUGCGUGUCAUCCCGUGGGCAGCGUGACCCGUGAUCGGCGAAAUGUCAGAGAAGCCGCGCAAGAGAAAAGACAAAAAGAAGAAAGACAGCGUGUCGGAUGCCGCCGAACUUGCCAGGAAACUAAGCACAAAAGAGGACUCAGAUGCAGGCGAAAGUACAACACCUCAUCCUAGUGGUGUCCAAACCAUGGGUCCGGAUGAUGUACAGCUGCACGUGCACAAAGAUCACGGAACUGGAGGGCAUUGGUGCGCCAAAAUUGUCUUUUUUUCCCUUCUGGCCAUCUUAGCGGGUCUCGUAGGAUUAAUCAUUCUUGAGAAUCGUGGGCUGUCUGAUGUUGAUACUCCACUGUCUGAAUCGAGAUUUUCGGAUAUAUUGGAAGGGUGGGUGGAGGAGAAUCGAGAAUCUCAUGAUGAUCAUGAGCAUGAUAUUUUGGCGUCGAUGGAGGAGUUAGAAGAGCACGAUGAACAUGGUGAACCAUUUGAGGAGGAGGACGAUCAUGAUGAAGAACAUGAUGGGGAAGAUGAUGAUGAAGAUCAUGAUCAUGAGGAUGAUGAUGAGGAUCAUGAUCAAGAGGAUGAUGAAGAGAACGAUGGGGAGGAAGAUGAUGAAGAUGAGCAGCAAGUUGAUGCUGAUGAAGAUGAUAAUGAAGCACAAGAUCAGGAAGAUGAUGAUGAUGAUCAAGAAAAUAAUGAUGAUGAUCAAGAAAAUGAUAAUGAAGAUGAAGAAAAUGAUGAUGAACAGGAUCAAGAUGAUGAUGAAGAUCAGAAUAUUGAUGAUGGUGCUUCAGAAGAAAUUCAGAAUGAUGCAGCUUAUGAAGAAGAUGAAGAUGAUGAUGAAGCUGCAGAUGAUGAUGAUAAUAAUAAUGAUGACGAUGAAGAUGAUGCAAAGAAUAACGACGAUGAUGAUAAUGAUGAUGAUGCAAAGAAUGAAGAUGAUGAUGACAAUGAUAACAACGGGGAUGACAAUGACGAUAAUGAUAAUGAAGAUGACAAUGACGACAAUGACAAUCAACCAGACAUCGAUGAUGAUGACAAUUCUCCAUUCGAGGAGCCUUUUACCCUUAACAAAAGCAAUCCAGUGCCUCUAACUAAAACCAAUGAUACCCCGAAGACUGAUAAAGUAACAAUUGCUGACCUGGAAGUACAAAUUGAAGAAAUGAAAAUUAUUUUUGAUGAAGUUUCCCAAAAAUUGGGAAAACCAUCUUUCAGUGAACUGAGAGAUGCAUCUCAGGAAUGUCCUGCUGAUAGUAUUCCAAUAAAUGAUUGCAAGUUGGAUGAUGAUGGUUCAUUCGAAGAGGUGAUUGAUAAUGAUGCCGGUGAAGAUCUUCAUCUGCAGAAACUGGCACAAAAGGACAGUCCUGAGCCAGAUGAUGAUGAUGACCUACCUGCUAGUCCAUCAUCUUCACUUGCUGAAAAGAUCCUCAUCGGUUUGGCCUUAAUUGUGGUUGCACACUCCGUUUUACUGAGAAAGACAUUCAACAAAGGAAAAGCCACUGAAGAAGCGCAAGAAGUUGUUGAAGAGAUUGUUGAACAAUCUGCUGAAGAUUUGAUGACUGAAGAUGGUUUCAUUGAUAUGAGACGUCGACUGACUAUUGGUACGGAUGAAGAACCCCUUCUUGACCCAGAAGAUGAUAUUGAAUAUGAUGAAGACGAGGAGGAUGUUGAAGAUUUGGGCGAAGAAGAGGAUGAAGAUGAGGAAGCACCAGAAGAUAUUGAAGAGUAUGAAGAUGAAGAUGAGGUGGAAAUGCCUGCAACAUUUGAAGAAUUGAAUGCAAUGUAUCGACCGAAGGUGGUUGAAACCAAAGCUCCAGAACCAAAAACGGUUGAACAAAAAGUUGGAGUUUCUUUUAAAAUUCCCGAAUCUAGAAUUUCUGAACCAAAAAUUCCUGAAAGGAGAAUUUCUGAACCAAAAGUUUCGGAAACAAGACUUUUGGAACCGAAAGUUCCUGAAAGAAGAAUUUCGGAACCAAGAAUUUCUGAAACAAGAAUUUACGAUCCGAAAGUUCAGGAAUCAAGGAUUUCUGAACCGAAAGUUUCUGAACUGAAAAUUGCUGAACCGAAAGUUUCUGGACCUUCUGUACAAAUUCCCAAAGAGCCACCAAAACGUUCUGAACCAGAAAAGCUCCCUGAGCCUUCUGAAGAGUACGAAAUUGAUGAGGAAGACAUAGAUCAGGACGAUGUGGAAUAUGAAGAGGAAGAAUACGAAGGCUCCGACUAUGAAGCGGAAGAAGGGUCAGAUAUUGAUGAUUCCGAUUUAAUGAAAAGACUGGAGGAGAAGUACGGGAAACUCCCUCACUACAGCGACAAAGAAGACGACGAUGAAGACAAGACAUGGACAAAAAUUCCACCGAGAUCUGGAGCACAGAGUCUCAGGGAUGACUUACAGAGUGCACAUGAUGCUCUUGAAGACAACCCAAGAAGUGCUUUGAAUACAUUUGAGAGGAUACUCAAAAUUGCACCACAAACACCUGAAGCUCUCUAUGGGCGUGCUAAAGCUCUGGAUCGACUGUCUGAGCUGCAGCAGAGCAAUGCCAUACUCAGGGAUGCCAUUGAAGCCUAUGAGGCAGUCCUAAAGCUAAAAACCAAUAUUGGUGAUGAUUUAUUCACGAAGGUAGCACUGAGGUGCAUCAAUCGGAUUAGAUUUCUAGGGCUGCAUACACGAGCAAUUCCAAUUCACGAAGCACUCAUUAGGCGAUUUGAUGAUGAACCUGAGUAUCGGAAUGAAUUAGCAAUAACACAUUUGUUUCUCAAUCAGCUGUCUGAGGCUAAAUAUGUUCUCCAUCAUACACUUCUUCGAUGGAGGGAUAAUCCAGUAGCAUUGGUACACUAUGGGUUUGUUCUGAAAAAUUUAGAUCAGGACUAUGAGGGUGCCUCAAUCUACCUCUCUGAAGGCAUAGCAUCGAAUGCUGAUGGCACCCAAGAUGGACGCUUCUAUUUCGCCCUCGGAGACUCCCUGCUCCGCCUUGGGCGACACGAGGAGGCUCGAAAAGUCUUUCGGAAUGGUGUUGAACGAAAAUUGUUCCUGUCUGAAUACCAAAGAUCCCUCUACAAUGUAGAUACGCUCAAAUCAAAACCCUUCUGGACUAUUGAUGAGACGAAGAAUAGAAAACUCUUUGAGACAUUGGAGCGCAAUUGGGAGCUCAUAAGGGAUGAAGGGAUGAAGCUUCUCAAUCAGAAGGGAUUCUUCAUGGACGAAGCGGAGAAUCUAAAGGACAAAGGUGACUGGAAACAGUUCGAUUUGUUCGUUAAAGGCCAAAGAAUCACCAAACACUGCCAGAAAGCUCCAAUUACGUGCAACAUUAUGGAAUCAUUUCCGGCGGCGCGCUUCUGUACCCGUGGGCAGAUUAAAUUCAGCGUUAUGCAUCCGGGAACGCACAUAUGGCCCCACUGUGGUCCAACCAAUUGUCGCAUUCGUGCCCAUUUGGGUUUGCAUGUGCCCCCAGGGACUUUUAUUCGUGUUGCAGAGGAAACAAAAUCCUGGCGGGAGGGGAAGAUGCUUAUUUUUGACGACAGCUUUGAGCAUGAGGUGUGGCACAAUGGGACGGAUGUACGCCUUGUGCUGAUUGUCGAUAUCUGGCAUCCGGACCUCACGGAGGCACAACGGAAGAGUCUUCAACCAAUUUGAGAUGGCAAUUCCGGGGGUGGCGUUUGUGGGGGAGGGAUUAAAUACUUAAAAAAAAUAUACCAAAAAAAGGGGCUCGAAUCUCUCCUAAAAGGAUGUUUAAACUUCUUGUGAAUCGGAAGAUGUGCCUUUUGCUUAAUAAUUUUAGUGCCUAUUUCCCGCCUGGGAGGAAUGGAGAAGUCUUUCCCGCCGCCCAAUUUUGGAGAUUUAUCCAAUCAUCGUGAAAAUCUUCAACAAAUUGCGCGGGAGUGAUAUGUACAUCUCAGCUCCUUUGUGAUUGUUAAUUAGAUUUCUUUAUCAAUUUUUAAAAAUGUUUCUUGUGACAAUAAUUUGAGAGAUGAAAAAAAAGACCCAUGACAACGAUCUAUUUUACCAUAAAUAUACAUUUAAAUUCUCAUGUACGAACAAAUAAAGAGAUUUACAGAAUUUUAA